AUGUCGGCCUCUUCGCCAGCCAAGCGCCAACCCGAAUCGGUAUGGGACUAUCCCCGUCCACCGGCACUGGUACCGACGACGGCCCACCUGCGAGUGGUCCAUGUAUCUCCGGACGAGAACGGACAAGAUUUGGUGAUAGCGGACACUCAUAAGGGGCUCAGAAUCCUGGAAACUAGCCAUCCUCCGACGUACUACUUCCCUCCAGAAGAUGUCAAAAUGUCUCUCUUACGAGAGAACCCGAAAGUGACAUUCUGCGAAUGGAAAGGCCAUGCAAGCUACUAUGACCUCGUCCAUCCAUCCUCCAAAACCAUCUCGAAAGCCGUGGCGUGGACAUACAAAACCCCGACCGAUCGAAACAAGGCUCUCGCCAAUCACAUCUCGUUCUAUGCAGGCGGUCAACUGCGAUGUUUUGUCGAUGAUGAGGAGGUAACAGCCCAGGACGGUAAUUUCUAUGGGGGUUGGAAGACUUCGGAGAUUAGUGGUGGCAAGAAAGGUAUAAAGGGCGGUCCUGGCACUCUUGGAUGGUGA